AUGUCUGGGACGAGGGAACAGGCAAAUGUUUUUGACCCCGCCCUCAGUGCCAAGCUACACAAUAAAAUCCUAGAAUUGGGAUGGAAUGCUGUUGACCACGACCUCACUUUUGAACAAGCCGCACCGGGUUCCUGGUGGGAUGAGAACGAAGAAGAAUGCAGAAGUCGGGGCAUCACCGCGCGUUUGCAUCCUAAGCUUAUUAAGUUUUUGAAAUUAGCUCGGGUUAUUAAUCCGUCGUUGCGGAACUCGGAGACUGGUUACGACUUUUUCUUUUACUACACCCUUGGGCUAGCACCCCCGGUGGCAUUGAUGCCGGACAACCCAGAGCUUUUUGGUAAUCCGGACCAACACGUCAUUUUGUAUCAUGUUCCUAAUAUUGGGAGCCACCCUGUGGGCGUCGUGUUCGAUCAGUCUUCAUCAAGUGUUCGUGUGACCUUCUCCUUGUGGGACGACAAGCGGACUCCCUGGCUAUCGCUCCAGUCUCUGUUACAAGAGUACCUCGAUAUGACUUAUUUAGUAAAAGCCACGGCUGGUGAGAGCGAGACUGACGAAGAGGAAAGCAACGGUGAAGAUGAGGAAGAAGACGACAUUGAUAUCGACAUGGAGACUGACGCGCAAUUCACAAUUGAAGCCAACCGUCCUUGGGCUCUUCACUCGCACAGUCCCGAAAUUCUGGACCGGACCAUUGCGGCGUUUGCAAACCUGAUCGGAGCGAUUCAGGACCGCAUGCCAAACCGCGACUCUUCCACGAGCGCUACACCUACAUCAUCACGUUAA